AUGCCGCCGACGACUUCAGCUGAAAAGCAGAAAAAAUAUCGCGAUAAGUUGAAAAAAGAAAACCCUCAAAAGUAUGAAGAAAUACAAAAGAAGGCCAAAGAAAGAUCUGCACGUUACUAUGAGAAAAAAAGAGUACCUAUACUGAAGAGCACAAACAAGAGUUACGGAAUAAAUGGAAGGAAGAUCGGAAAAAAGCAAAAGCUGCAAAAAUGGCAUCACAAAAUGAACCGGGAAAUAAGAAGUAACAAAAUUGAGACUGAUAAAAGAAAAAUCGACCAGAACAGGGAAAACAAAAAUGAUACCAAAGAAGAGAUCAAAAAGAAUUUGAAAGAAAAGUUUCUAAUAGAAGAGAAGCACAAAAUUGAGAUUGAAUGUACUAAGAAAGAUGAAAGCAAGGAAAUUCUAAUUGUUAUCGCAGAAGAAGAGAGAAAAGAAGCUGAUGAAAAUAAAGAAAAUUAUACAAUUGAGACUGAAUAUAAAAAACAACUUGAAAGCAUGAGAGGACAAAAUAAUAUUGGUGAAGUUUUACAAGACGCAGAUAAAUAUAAACAAAUGGAGAAAACAGAUUUAGAUAAAAUAAACAAAUCUGAGAAUUUAAAAGAAGAUGAAAGUGACAAGGAAUCGAAUACAAAGGAAGAAGGAGAAAAAGCAAUUGAGAGUGAAGAAAAUACGCAGAACUUUAUUUUAAAUAUAAAUUUGUUAUGUUAUGUUGAUAGCAUAAUAGUUCGAUAUUUCCAAAGGAAAACGUGGAAAUAUUUUAUAGGAUUUGUUGAGAAUAUAGAAUUUAAAAACGGAGAAAAUUAUUAUAAAGUAAAAUUUUUGAAAACUGUGAAGGAUUUAUCUGAUUCCGUGAAUUUGUAG